UACGCAUUUCGACCUGACUGAGUCAUCCCCUCUAUUACACGCAUAGUCCCUAUGGCGGUGUAAUAUUUAUCCAUUUUAUAAAACAUUCAUUUAUACCAUCGUCAUUUAUUUGUUACUGGAUCUGUGAAAUAAUAAGUGGCUAGAGCGCAUUAAUAGUAGGCAAUAAGAUGUCGUCGACCGACUUUUAUAUCCGUUAUUACAUCGGACACAAAGGAAAAUUCGGCCACGAAUUUCUUGAAUUUGAGUUUAGACCGGACGGAAAACUGCGUUAUGCGAACAAUUCCAAUUACAAAAAUGAUACAAUGAUUCGAAAAGAAGCUUAUGUCAGGAACUGCGUGAUGGAAGAGCUGAAAAGAAUAAUACAUGAUUCUGAAAUAAUGCAGGAAGACGAUUCUCAAUGGCCUCAACCUGAUCGUGUAGGAAGACAAGAACUUGAAAUUGUCAUUGGUGAUGAACACAUAUCCUUCACUACUUCUAAGACUGGAUCAUUAGUAGAUGUUAAUCAAUCAAGAGAUCCAGAAGGACUAAGAUGCUUUUAUUAUUUAGUACAAGAUUUGAAAUGUUUAGUAUUUUCAUUAAUUGGUCUUCAUUUUAAAAUCAAACCAAUAUAAUUUAUUAACUAAGAAUAAAACAAUAUUUACUGUAAACAAUUGGAUAAGAAUAAAUUGUAUUGAAUAAAGUAUUUCAUUAAACUUAUUUU